AUGGAGAGUGACCUGGUGGCCCAGUUCGCCGAAAUUACUGGUGCGACGCCUGAGCUGGCGGCACAGUACCUGCAGCUCGCUGAUUUCGACAUCGAACAGUCCAUGCUGCUGUUUUUCGAAAACGGAGGUGCCCCAUUGACCGAAGAGCCUGCCCAACCACCACGCCGUACUCGUUUCGAGGAUGAAGCUGGGGUGGUUCAUAUCGACUCAGACAAUGAUGACGACAACCCACCUGCCCGCACCCAGACCUCUACACGAGCUGCGGGAGAUUCAACAUUCGAAGAUGACGCCGCCAUGGCCCGUCGCCUACAAGAGGAAAUGUACGGGGGUGGCCCUGGCGCCGGUGGUAUUGGUGGAAAUGAUGAGGAUGUUCGGGCGCCCAUGGCGCGUACGACCGAGACCCUGGUGGGCCCGGAUCUUGGUUUCGACGAUGAGGAGGAUAUGCACACCAAUAUUCUCAGCCAGCUGCGUGCUCGUCAACGGGCCGGCCAGAGCCGUGCAGGCAUCUUCAACCAGAGAUCCGCGCCAUCAAUAUGGGCCGGCGAUUCCGCAGAGACACACCAGGAACGAUUAUCGAUGGCUACGGGAGGUGCAUCGGAGACAUCUUCCAAGUCAAAUAUGCUCGCCGAAAUGUACCGACCUCCGUUCGAAAUCAUGUCUCGGGUGCCUUGGGAUGUGGCUCGUGAGGAAGGGCGCGAGAAUGAGAAGUGGCUUUUGGUCAACGUACAAGACACUUCAAUCUUCGACUGUCAAGUUCUGAACCGCGAUCUCUGGAAGGACAAGACCGUUCAGGAGACCGUUCGAGAACAUUUCGUGUUCCUGCAGUUCUCAAAGGAUGAUCCCAAGGCCGCACCAUACCUCCAAUAUUACUUCCAAGCCAGCGACGUUUCCGACAACUACCCCCAUAUUGCCAUUGUUGACCCCCGAACGGGCGAACAAAUGAAGGUAUGGUCUGGUCCUCCAGUCAUUAAGGCUUCGGAAUUCUUGAUGCAACUUCAUGAGUUCUUGGACCGGUACAGUCUGAACCACAACGUGCGCAACCCCGUGGCGAAACGCAAGUCGGAGAAGAAGGAGAAGACCGUGGAUGCCAUGACGGAAGAGGAGAUGAUGGAGAUGGCCAUCAACAACAGCCUCGGGGGAGGCUUGGCGGCCGGACCGAAGCUGGAAGACCCAGACGACCUGACUCGAAGCACCGAGGAUGUCAAGGGCAAGGGCCGAGCAACUGGCGCUCACGAUCACGCCAUGAGCGAAGUUAUCCCCGAGGCUGCUGAAGAAGUGGAGGCGUCUCCAUUUUCGUCUAUUCCCAGCAACCGACCUCACGUUGAGCCCGAAGCUGAUCCUGCCACGACCACCCGCAUCCAAUUCCGCCACCCCUCGGGCCGUGUUAUUCGACGCUUUGCAUUGUCAGACCCAGUCCAACGCAUCUAUGAAUGGCUCAAGGCUGACCCUCCCUUGGAGGACAAAGCUGGCGUCGAAUUCGAGCUGAAUGCUAUGGGGCAGAACUUGAUAGACCUCCUUUCUACGAGCAUUCAAGAUGCGGGUCUGAAGAAUGGCACAGUCAUGAUUGGCUAUCUGGAAGACUGA